AUGGGCUCAGAAGAGGGAUCAAGGGUUCUCGGCUAUUGGGCGAGUAAUGGUGAGGAGCCAAUGAAGCUGAAGCUAUAUUCUUCCUGGGGGAGCUCUUGCUCUUGCCGUGUUCGUAUCGCUCUCAACUUCAAAGUCUUGAACAAGCUGAAGGCCCUUAUUGUGGAUUAUAAUUUUUACAAUUGCAGCACCCUACGGUCUUACCAUAUUUUAGAGUGCUUUCAUCACUUCAUACUGAUGUUGAAUACCCGGUGUUCUCCAAAUAAAUUCAAGGAAACGGUUUGCAAUUUAAGUGAAGACAAAAAGGUUGCCGUACAAGAGAUUGGGUUUGGGUCCCUUUUAGACAUCGAGUGUACCAUUUUGAAGCGCAACCUGUGCUUAUGGUUGGUAGAACACUUUGACCCUAGAACAUCUCAUCUCACCCUUGAAUCUGGCGCUCGGAUCCAUGUUACGCCAAGUGACGUUGAAGAGGUACUUGGCCUACCCUCGGGAAGAGGAGAAGAUGUGCCAAAUUAUAUUGUACAAAGUGUGCAUUGGUUAGAAAAUGGCAUUUUUUUAAAGGACGGUGUAAUAGAAGUGCCAAACUUAGUGCAUCAAUUAGACGUUCUUCCUGUUGGGGAUGACUUCAAGAGGGCUUUUGUCCUUUUCGCUUGCGGAUCACUUCUAGCACCCAUAUCGAAAAAUGAGACAAGCAAAAGGUUAUUGGCAGCGGUUGACAAUGUGGAUGCUAUUAAAUCGUAUAAUUGGGGGAAGUUUGUUUUAGAUUGGUUGAAAAAAGGAAUUGCGUCCUAUAAAGGAAAGGAAGGAAGAGAAGGUUGUACAUACAUACAUGGAUGCUUGUUCUUUCUCAUGCUUUUCUACCUACACCGUGUGGAUGUCAAUGGACCAAAACCGAAGCCUGAGAUGUCAUGCGUACGUGGAUGGACCAACAAAUUAAUAGGCGAGAGGUUGAAUUUGGAGAAGCAUAAAUAUAAUGGUUUCGGCUUCGGUGAGGUAAAGUUUACAACUGAUACAUCUGAAGAUGCCGAUAAGGAGUUGGCAUAUGAAAUUAUUAAAGUUGUUAAGAAAUGGAAGCAACGGCACAAUGUAGGCCAAGGCAGGGGGUCGAGAUCCUCAGAACCCAGUUCAUCCACACGACAACCCAACCCAUCUUCGCAAUUGUUUGCACAACACAAUCCGAUUGAGGAGGAAGAUGAAUCCCACAUACCAGUGGAGGAGGAAUUCGAAACCUCCACAAGACAAGCAAACUCACCCUGGCAAUCUUUUACAAAACACGAUCCCAUGGAGGAGGAAGGAGAAAUCCCCGCACCAAUGGAGGAGGAAGUGGGAACCUCCACAGCAAUGGAAGAGGAGCGUGAUGUGCAGGAAGCAGUGAUCCCUUUAUUACGUGUUAUAAAGCCUGGGCGCCAUAAGGGAUCACCUUGGGUUGAAAUGAAGGUCAACCGAUUGCGUGUCCUUCGUCCAGAAGCAAAGGCAGUCAUCUCAUAUGCCAUGGAUGAGAGCAGAAAUGAUGAGUGA